GGCUCCCGCCGAGGGCGUGAGUACGAGCUAUGGUCACCCUUCGGGAGUGCAGCUGAGCCUCCGGCGUCCCGCGGGAUAGCCCUGCCAUAUUCUCUAGACGUUGACUUUCUUCCAGACUGGAGCAUGCAGGAGGAAGAGGAUGAGGAAAUAACUUCUGAGCUGCUGACAGUCAGGCCCCAGGAAUUGGUGACAUUCAAGGAUGUGUCUGUGGACUUCACCCAGGGGGAGUGGAGCCACCUGGAUGCUGCUCAGAGGGCCCUAUACAGGGAAGUGAUGCUGGAGACCUUUGAGAACUUCGUCUCCCUGGGGCUUCCAGUUUUGAAACCAGAUGUGAUCUCUCGAUUGGAGAGAGGAGAAGCUCCAUGGAUGCUUGAGGGAGAGAUCCCAAGAGACCCUAACCCAAGUUCUUCUCAUGAAGGAAGAUGUGAAACCAAGGCCAUCCUCAUGAGAACAUCAGCCAAGGAAAGACUGCAGAAGCAAGGAACUCAUACUAGAGCGAAAUCCAAUAAAUGGAAUGAAUGUGACAAAGCUUUCAGCCAGAAUGCCCUCCUUGUGUAUCAUGAGAGAAUUCUUGCAGAUGAGAAACCCUAUAAGACUAAAGAAUGUGGGAAAACUUUUCAUCAGUUGAGAAGCCCUAAUAAAUCUAAGAGAAUUCAUGCACAAAAGAAACUCCAUCUUUCUAAUGAAUGUGAGAAAAUUUUUACUCUACAUCAGAGAGUUCACUUUGCAAAGGAACCCUUUUAUUGUAAUGAAUGUGGUAAAACCUUUAAGUGGAGGUGUAAACUCAAUGCACAUCAGAGAAUUCAUACUGGAGAGAAACCCUUUGAAUGUAAUGAAUGUGGAAAAGCCUUCAGUGAGAAGGUUUGUCUUAAAAGGCAUCAGAAAAUCCAUACUAGAGAGAAGCCCUUUGAAUGUAAUGAGUGUGGAAGAGCUUUCCGUGAUGAAUCUUACCUUAUACUACAUCAAAGAAUUCAUACUGGAGAGAAACCUUUUGAGUGUAGCGAAUGUGGGAAAAACUUCAGCCUGAAGUCAUCACUUAUUUUACAUCAGAAAAUUCACACUGGGAAGAAGCUCUUUGAAUGCAAUGAAUGCAGGAAAGCCUUCCAUUACAAGUCUUGCCUUACUCUCCACCAGAGAGUUCAUACCAGAGAGAAACCCUUUGAGUGUAAUGAAUGUGGGAAGGCCUUCAUGUGGAAGAGCCAACUUAAUAAACAUAAGAGAAUUCACACCGGAGAGAAACCCCUUAAGUGUAAUGAAUGUGAAAAAGCCUUUUACCACAAAUCUCAGCUUGUUGUACAUCAAAGAACUCAUACUGGAGAAAAACCCUUUGAAUGUAAUGACUGUGGAAAAGCUUUCCACAACAGAUCUCAGCUUACUGUACACCAGAGAAUUCACACUGGAGAGAAACCCUAUGCAUGUAAUGAAUGUGGGAAAAGCUUUAGCCAUAGAAAAUCAUUUGUUUUCCAUUUGAGAAUUCAUACUGGAGAGAAACCCUAUGAAUGUAAUGAAUGUGGGAAAGCUUUCCACAACAAAUCUCACCUUACUGUGCAUCAGAGAAUUCACACUGGAGAGAAACCCUAUGAGUGUAAUAUAUGUGGGAAGAAAUUCAGUCCGAGGUCAUCACUUACUAAACAUCGGAAAAUUCACACUGAAGAAAAACCAUUUGAGUGCAAUGAAUGUGGGAAAAACUUCAGCCAGAGGUCAUCGUUUAUUUCACAUCAAAAGAUUCAUACUAGAGAAAAACCUUUUGAAUGUGAUGAAUGCGGGAAAAACUUCAGCCGGAGGUCAUCACUUAUGUCACAUCAAAAGAUUCAUACUAGAGAAAAACCCUUUUUUCCAUAAUGAAUAUGGAAAAAACUUCAACCAAAAGUUACUGGCUUCACAUCAGAGAACUCAUAUUGGAAAGAAAUGCAUUGAGUGCAAUGAAUGUGGGAAGAACUUCACUCAGAGGUCAUUACUUAGCAAACACAAAAGCAUUCAUACAAGAGAGAAAUCUAGUUAAAAUAAUAAAUAUAGGAAAGCUUUGCCAUGCAGAAUUAAUAAAUGAGAAUUUAUGCUAGAGGGUGAGCUAGAAACCCUUGAAAUAUUGUUCAUGCUUGAUUGGUUAUCAGAAACCUCAUGUUUGAGAGAAACUACAUAGAAGCAAUGAAUGCAGAAAGGCUUUCAGCCAAAACGGACACAUUACUAAGCAGUAGAGUGUGUGCAGUGAGAAACUCCAUAAGUAAUAAAAUGCAGGAAAGUCUUUGGCAUUAAUGGAAUACUUAGAAAGGCUUAGAGAAUUCAUGCAGAAGGAAAAAUUGGAAAUACUAUAACCAUAGGAAUAUCUUCAUGGUAUGUAGUUCAUCCCUUAUUUAACAUAGUAGACCUUAUGCUGGAGAUGAACUGUAGCAAUGUAAUAACCGUGAGAGCAUCCCAGCAGCUUGCCAUAUGUUUAAUGUUGGAAAGUCAAGAUCCAGACUUAAAGAUUACCAGCCACACUGUUUUGAAAGGGACAGAUAAUCAUUUCCUUUGUUUCUCCUGAGCUCUGUACACUUCAUGUUGGCUGCCACCAGGUGAUAGUAGAUUCAUAUUGGUCAGUGCAUCAAAUAUGGUAGUAUCUCAAAUCACAGACUGUCAUCUAAAAAAUCCCUUUUAUUUUUUAUUUAUUUUUUA